UCUCAGGUGCUGCCCUGUUUGCUAAGAGGAAGAAAAAGUCAGAAGAAUGGGUAGUAGACGAAGAAAAAGUGAAGACUCUUUUGCGGGAACAAGAAAAGAAAUCUAGAGUAGCAACGCCUAAUCCACCCUUCAAUCAAUACUCUGGAAUUGGAAGACCAGAAGUGAAACUUGUCAAGACGCCCUGGGAAGCAGCCAUGGAGAACCCCUAUGGACUGUGCGACGCUGCUUUUGCAAGGGUCAGUCCCGACGAGCUCGCAGACACAGUGAUUAAAGCGGCCGAUAAUAAACGGAGAAAUUCUAUCACCACCAACAGUCGGGAACCUUCGAGGCUGGAAGACUGCAUAUCCCCUCCUGCUCACGUGACCCCAGCUGCAGCCCACUACGACAUAUACCACGCCAAGGCCCCCAAAGGAUGGUCUGGGACAACACCAAUCGUGGAUAAUACGGCGGUCACAACAUCUACUGCCCCCGUUGUCUCGAGAAACAUCCAGCAAGAUGUACGUCCUAACGGAUAUACGCCUGCGAAGAAAAUGGUUUUCCAGAACUUCAAUGCCACUCCAAGAUUAUGGAAGGGAACGAGUGCUUAUUAGGGAGCAGAGGCCUAUCUGUAGGCUUUGUAAUAUAUAUAUAUAUGUCCUGAGAGUUUGGUAUGAAGCUGAACUGAGGCGAUAUUUUUGGAAGGAAUGGCUGCCUCGGAUUGGUUGAACGUCUGUCCGUGUGGAGCGAAUGCCGAAACUUGACGCACUUCUGGCUUGUCUUUAUCAAUCAUGUGCAGUUAUAAGUCUGUGUAAUCGCUUCAAUAUUAAAACAUUUCAUUUACUGUAA